GAGCGCUGCGGCCGCCGUCACCGUCACCGCCAUUGCCACCGCCGACGCGAGAGAAGAAAUGUAUCAAGCAAGACCCCUCUCUAGGAACCUCUUUUUGUACACCUUCCUGCAAAACCAUGGCCCUGGCUUCCUGGAUGACCAACGUGAGGGGCUACCCGGCGUGACCAAUAUCUUGGAGUUCCACCCUGUCUCCCCCUACAGUGACGGCCCCCAUUACUUGGCCAUGCAGCUGGCCUCCAUUGCUGACGAGAUGGAGCUGAGGCUGCUGCUACCCCAGUUCGUCGAGCCCAUCCGGAUGACCGUGUACAGCCACAUAGGACUGAGGGACGUUCUUAGAAGUUUUAUGGUGGCUUUCACUAACCUCAGGGAGAACAGAAGCCUCUGGAGCUUCCUGACCCUCAGGGACAGGGUGUCCCCCAGCCCGUGGCCCGAGCUGGUGCUGUCCCUGCUGCUGGUGGUGACGCUCAGCUGGGGGCGCCGCCUCCACUGACCCGCUGCUGGCCUGCGUGGGGUGGGGCUGGCCCCCCGCCCGCUCCGCCACCACCCUGGAGGUGGCCUUGUCGGUUUGGCUGGCUUUUAACUGUUUUCUGUUGCCCCUUUUUUAUAUUUAAACUCCGAGUGCUGGGACACUGAGGUUCAUACUAGUUUUUCCCUUGUUUUUGUAAGAGAAAUGAAUUUAUUUUACCUCCGGGGUCAUUACUGGUUAAUGACCUGCUCUCCUGGCCCCAGCCUGCUCUGCGGGGGCCUGUCCUGAGGAGGAGCCUCCCUCUCUGGGGUCGGUCAAAUAGUGCGCAGCGGGGGGAGUGCUGGCCACACCCCCGUAUCCGUGAUGCCCGUGGCAAAAAGAAUCUGCUGGAAUAGAUUUCU